UACACUUGAAGAUUCAAAGGCUGUUCAAUAUAUUGUAUCUAUCUACAAAGAUUGUAAUCGAUCCUUUCGUAGUUUGACUACUUUGGUCAGAAAUAGAACGCUCCUUCCCCGUCAUGUGUUACACAAAUUGAGCACAAAAUCACUAAUCUGUAAGCACAACGGAUGGACACACUACAAGUAACAAACUGUCGAUACCAAGUACAUCCAUACUUAUUCAGACUUGUGCUUCCUACUUCAGCCUGAACGUGGACGAGGCAUGGAAGGAAUUAGAGGACGCUGGUGCAGCGAGUUUUAGCUACCUAACGCCGUCGUUUGGACCAUAUCGACAUGAUGCAACUAAAGUUAAAUUUUUCACAUCAAGAUUGCCAGUCGCUUUGAUCGGGCAUAAAUCGUAUGAGGUUUAUGUAGCUAGCACCCAUAUACAACAAGCAGCCAGCUUGCAAUACAUAUCUUUACAAGGUUAGAUAAUAGCUAAGAGCUGGUUAGUUAGCUACAGUACUGUUAGCUAGCAAGCUAUCUGAAAUGGCCAAUAAAAGCAGAGCAUUGGCACAGAGGAUGCUUCUCCUCUGUAGACAGGAGACCAAGGCAUAUUCACUAUGGCGAAGGACAACAAUUCCGAUUGCAUGCCAAGGACAUCUGAUCAAACCCAGCAUUAUGCAUUUGAGAUUUUCUCUCAAUGUCAACAAACACUCAACGUGCACAACAGGUUCUAGCAGCUUGUCCCUUCGGAGUCACACUUGUGGGGAACUACGGCCUGCUGAUGUAGGAGAUGAAGUCACUCUGUGUGGCUGGGUUCAAUACCUGAGACAGGAUUUAUUUCUUAUCAUGAGAGAUUUCAGUGGCUUGGCACAAAUUCUUAUCCCUCAAGACGAGGCCAAACUUAAUCUGAAAACAGCCUUGUGUGAUUUACCACCUGAAUCAGUAAUCAAGGUGAAAGGCACAGUCAGGCUUCGACCAGAUGGACAAGAUAACAAGGAGAUGCCCACAGGAGAGAUUGAGGUUCUUGCAGAGAGUGUGGAGAUUCUAAAUGUCUGCCGUAAGCUGCCCUUUGAAAUCAAAGAUUUUGUGAAAAAAUCUGAAUCCCUUCGGAUGCAGUAUCGCUAUCUGGACCUUCGUUCGUCACAAAUGCAGUAUAACUUGAGGCUGAGGUCCCAGCUAGUGAUGAAGAUGAGAGAGUACCUCUGCAAUGUGCAUGGGUUUGUGGAUGUUGAAACUCCCACCUUAUUUAAGAGGACUCCAGGGGGUGCAAAGGAGUUUGUGGUGCCUUCAAGAGAACCUGGUCGAUUUUACUCCCUGCCUCAGAGUCCUCAGCAGUUUAAACAGCUUCUCAUGGUGGCUGGCAUCGACAGGUACUUUCAAGUGGCCCGGUGCUACAGAGAUGAAGGUUCCAAACCAGACAGACAGCCAGAAUUUACCCAGGUGGACAUUGAGAUGUCCUUUGUGGAUCAAGCUGGAAUCCGAGGGUUGAUUGAGGGCUUGGUCCAGUACUCCUGGCCCGUGGAGAAAGAUCCUGUCUCCACACCCUUCCCCUGCAUGACGUAUGAAAAAGCAAUGAAGGACUAUGGAGUGGACAAGCCAGACACACGAUUCGCCAUGAAGCUCAUGGACAUCAGUAAAACAUUCCACAACACAGAAAUAGAGUUCCUUAAAGACGCCCUCAACCAACCAGGAGGCUGUAUCCAGGCAAUAUGUGUCCCGGAUGGAGCAAAACAUUUGAAGAGCAAAGAUCACGAAUCCCUGAAACAAACUGCCAGGACCCAGUUCGGCCAGGAAGUGAGUGUAGUUUUGGUGAAGGCAGAUGGUGCAUUGAAGUCUCCCCUCAACCGACUCAUGCCUGCCUCAGCUAAACAGCAGCUGCUCCAGAUGGCACAGGCCAGACCUGGGGACCUGCUGCUCAUCUCUGCUGGGACGCAGGAAUGUGUGCGCCCUUUGUUGGGCAAGUUGAGGCUUCAGUGUGCUGAACUCCUAGAGGGCUCCGGUGUGGCUGUUCGAGACCCCUCAGCGUUUCACUUUCUGUGGGUGGUAGACUUCCCACUGUUCCUGCCAAAAGAAGAGGACCCUGAUCAGCUUGAGUCAGCCCACCAUCCUUUCACUGCACCUCUCCUUGAGGAUACUCAUCUCCUGUAUUCACAGCCUCACAAGGUACGUGGCCAGCAUUAUGACCUGGUCCUGAACGGGUGUGAGGUUGGAGGAGGAUCCAUUCGUAUUCACAAGGCCUCUGAUCAGCAGCAUGUGUUGGAGACGAUCCUCAAGGAGGAUCCAUCUCUCCUUUCUCACCUGUUAGAGGCACUGGACUCUGGGGCUCCCCCUCAUGGUGGGAUUGCAUUGGGUUUGGACCGCCUUCUGUCUAUUAUCGUCGGAGCCCCCAGCAUCAGAGACGUGAUUGCCUUCCCCAAAUCAUUCAGGGGCCAUGACCUGAUGAGUCGUGCUCCAGAUUUCGUCUCUGAAGACGAGCUGAAACCCUACCACAUCUCUGUCAACUGGCCAGCAGGAGGCGAAGGGAACCAGGAGAAAUAGACAUUGCUGCUGCUGCUACACCUUUGUCCUGAAGCUGAGACUCUGACUCAUAUUACAGAUGGAUUUACAUUGAGGAGAUGCAGGACGACAUAGUACCGUGACAUAUAUGCGAUUCUCCUGCUGACAUGCUGUCACUUUAGGUUUGCUCGCAUCGGUAUAAAUUCUGUGUCGGCCGAGUGGGGAAAGACUGUGGUUUCGGAGUUGGUAUUCUCAUUCCCGCGUCUCUGCAACUUAAACCCAGUUUACACCUUUGUCCUGAAGCUCAAACUCUGACUCGCAUAUUGAUGUUUCCACUUGGCUCCAGUUUCCGGUUGAAGUCUUUUCCAGUUGGCUCCAUUUCUCAAGUUGCACUUUUUUGCCAGUUUGUAGUUGUCCUCAGGGGAUGCUCCUCUGCUAGCCAAAAUAUAGUCAGUAUCGAUGUGAGACUGUCCUGAAAGUGACAUAAUAUAUGUACACUGUAGACAGGAGACACUGUCACAAAUAAAUUGUCAUGUUUUUUUUCUUA